AAAACCAACUCCAUCUGCAACUGGAUUUGACUGUCUGGUGACUCUAUCUCACUUCAAUUCUCUCUCUCUCUUCACUUCCUGUCUCACUUCAAUUUCUCUACAAAUCAAGUUUCAAUUUUUCUUAUUGAUCCUCAACUACUAGAAAAGGAGUGGCAGACAUUCACAUCCUCUUGUGCUAUUCACACCCUCCGUUUGUUACUUCUGCGCUUUGGGGUUUCUAUUGAUUACUUCCUGAUCAACCCUAGUGAAUUAGAUUACAUGAUAUCUAUAACCGGCAUUGAUGUCAGUUAUCUGUGGGCUUCCUAUACUUGAGUGUGUUUCUUGUCUGGCCUGUUCCCGUUGGGUUUGGAAAAAAUGUCGGUACACUGCGGGCUAUGAGAGUGAAAAUUGGGGCCUGGCUACUGCAGUAGAAUUUGAGCACAUACCUCGAUUUUGUCGUGUAAUCUUAGCGGUCUAUGAGGACGAUAUUCGUAACCCCCAAUGGGCUCCCAAAGGAGGUUAUGGCAUUAAUCCUGACUGCGUUAUCUUGCGUAAGGAUUAUGGGGAUAACGAAGGUUGUGUGACUCCUUACAUGAUAUACCUUGAUCAUGAUCAUGCUGAAAUUAUACUGGCUGUUAGUGGACUUAAUUUAGCAAAGGAAAGUGAUUAUGCAGUUUUGCUUGAUAACAAACUGGGCCAGACAGAAUUUCAUGGUGGUUAUGUUCAUAAUGGGUUAUUGAAGGCGGCAGGCUGGGUUUUUGAUACAGAAUAUGAGGUUCUCAGGGAGCUGGUGGCUGAAAAUCCAACUUAUAUGCUCACAUUUAUUGGACAUUCUCUAGGGGCUGGUGUGGUGGCAUUAUUGACAAUGCUAGCCCUUCAUAAUCGAGACAAAUUGGGGAUACAGAGAGACAACGUAAGAUGUUAUGCGAUAGCUCCUGCGCGUUGUAUGUCUCUCAAUUUGGCUGUAAGAUAUGCGGAUGUGAUCAGUUCUGUCGUGCUACAGGAUGAUUUUUUACCUCGGACAACCACCGUGCCUCUAGAAGCUGUCUUCAAGUCACUUUUAUGUUGGCCCUGUUUAUUAUGUCUACUGUGCUUAAAGGACACUUUCACACUGGAGGAGAAGAAACUUAGAGAUCCAAGGCGUCUAUAUGCUCCUGGUCGUCUCUAUCACAUUGUGGAGCGAAAGCCCUUCAGGUUUGGAAGGUUUCCACCUGUUGUUAGGACAGCGGUGCCUGUUGAUGGCAGAUUUGAUCAUGUAGUUCUUUCUUGCAAUGCAACUGCUGAUCAUGCCAUCCUUUGGAUAGAGAGGGAAUCCCAAUGGGCUCUCGAUUUAAUGCUAGAGAAUGAUCAGCAUAUGGAGAUUCCAGCAGAGCAGAGGAUGGAGAGGCAAGAAUCUCUAGCUCGAGAACACAGUGAAGAGUACCAAGCAGCCCUUAAGAGGGCAGUUGCUUUGGAUAUUCCUCAAGCAUAUUCACCUUCAUCAUAUGGAACAUUUCAUGAACUGGAAGCUGGGGAGGACUCUGGAAGAUCAAGCGGCAAAGGCUCCUCCUUAUUCUAUAAGAACAGAACAGCAAGUUGGAAUGAUUUUGUCGGGCGUCUGUUUGAUAUGGAUGACUCAGGUCAUAUGGUGUUCAAGAAGACACACUCAUAAAAAGUUUCUUUCAUAAAGCAUUAUUUGCUUCUUUCUUCCUCUCUACCUUUUAUUAUUCUAUUUUUUCGGCCAAAAGUUAUAAUUUCUUAAAUUAUAUGAAGCACCCAUUCUACUUCAGAAUGAUGUUCUGCUGGCCACCAUGUGAAUAUUCUAAAAUGUCUUGGUAGAUUUUAUAAACUUCAGGUAUUUGUCUUCCUAUUCCUUUGGUGUUUCAGGUCAUGGAUGCACACAAAAUCCAAAUAAAUUGCCUUAUAGCUGGGACUAGUGCUGGUGAAGGGAAAUGUGAACCCAAAACCAGAAUAUGCUUUUCUAGAUGUUCUAAGCAUGAUGUUUUGCUUAUACCUGCUGUCAAUAGAGAGCACAAAGACCAAACUGGAUUGAUUUUGCUACAGCUUUUAGUGAUGUUUAGCAUUGCUGUUGCUAUUGUAAUGUAGUUAUUUAAAGUUGAAUUUGGAUCCUACAACUCUCCAAGGGCCAAUGAGUCUAUAUUCUUUAGCCUUUAACAGAAUCUUCGGCCAAGGUGCUUCACAAAAGCACUUCAAGUCAGGCUAGUUUGGAUCAAAUUUUUAACCACUUGGUUUCUUAGGA